AUGCAUUCGUCAACAAUCUACGUAGCCCUGGCGGCUUUUUCCUCCACUCUUGUCCAAGCCCACAGCAAGAUCAGCGUUGCAACCGGCGAUGCGGGCGGCAACACCACCGCCCUCGGCAUCAUGGGUGCCGUCGUGCCCAGGACCGGUCCCAACAGCAAGACGGAGCUCGACUCGACCGUGUUCGGAUCCAGAAACGCCGCUUCAGACGGGCUGGGCCGGACCACUGCCGGCGGUAAGAACUCCGUCAAGGACAUGGUCCGCGUCGCUGGCAUGUCUGGCUCGACCCUUCCCCAAGUCAGCAGUAAUGGCGGGUCCAUUUCUGCUACUUACCAUGUCGUCACUACUGACGGCGGCGGCCCCGUCAAGGCCAUCAUUGACCCUUCCGGGACGGGCAAGUUCUCGCAAGGCACAGAAGCCGAGAUAGCGACGCAGGUCCCGGGAAAGAAUGGAAAUAUUGCCCCGGGGCCCGAGGCGAGCAACCGCUUGCCGAACAGCAAAGCCAAGAGCAAGGGCAUCCGCGAUUUGCUUCCUCGUAUCCUCGGGAAGCGAGCCCAGAACGUUAAUCAGGACUUUGACCUCAAGGUUAAUAUCCCGGCCGGGACAACUUGCCAGGGAACUGUUGGCGACCAGCAGAACGUCUGUCUCCUCAAGGUUGCCAAUCCCAGCCGCGCUGGUCCUUUUGGCGGCGUGCUUGCUUUCCAAAUGGUCGGUGCUGCUGCGGGCAAUUCGACGAAUCCUAAUGGCAACACAUCCGGCGGCAAUAAGAAGGGCAAUGGCAGCACCGGCGGCAAUGGUAAUAAAAAAGGCAAUGGCAAUGGAACUGACAAUGGUAAUGCUACCGGUAAUAAGAAAGGUAAUGGCGAUGGUACUGGUAAUGGUGCUGGUACUGGCACUGGCGCUGGCACUGGCAAUGGCACUGGUACUGGUACUGGUACUGGUACUGGUACUGGCAAUAACAAAGGCAACGGUAAAGGCAAUGCCAAUGCCAAUGAUAGUGCCGGCGGUAAUAGCAAAGGUAACGGCAAAGGUAAUGGCAGUGUCGGCGGCGGUGCCCAAGGUGAUGGUAGUACCGGCGGCAAUGGCAAUGGCAACUUACAGAAACGCGCAGUCACUUUCCAGUCUUAG